GUUACCCGGCAAAUAUAUUGCAAAUUAGUUAUAACUGUUGAAUAAAUGGUUUCAAUAACAUUCGACAUUGCCUUGCGUGACAACAAUUUUUUGUCCUAAUUUUACGUCUAGGUAUCUCAAGUGUUAACUCAUCGUUAAUAUCAUCAUCGUCAACUAAUAUCAACAAAAUGGGAUUGAUAAUCAGUUCCAAUCGCCGUAGUGCUCCUGCUCAAGAGUUGGACAGGAGCGACGAGCGAUUACAUUUGAUGGCAUUUUGUUUCAUCUGUGGAUGGCCACAGUUCCUGGUCUGGCUGACAAAAGACCAAGGUGAGUACGGUUGAGGUUCUAUUUUCGCUACGACAACUUUCGAUCUCCGUUCGAGGUUUCUUAACGUAUCUCGCUCGUACUUUUCCCGUAUUAGCCCGUAAAGGUUUUGCGCAUCAUGGUUGCUGUGCCGGACCGACAGAACCGCGAGACGACCCAAUGUCUCAUAAUAACGUCGGUGGUCGAUCGGCUCCCAGUCCCGCAGCCUUUAAGGAUUGCGGUUCACAAACGAACCCCGUGUCCGUCACCAUUCCAGCGGCCAACCACGACUUCGCGUGCGGAAACUCUUGCGUUACGUUCGUUGACGUGUUCACCCAAACUUACCCGUCCGCCGGGGAAGUCGCGUCCCACGUCAACGAAUCUAAUGAGGAGACGCAUUCCGCAUCGAUACAUUUAGACGACGAAGACGAAAUCGUUCCGUACGUUCUUCCUAAAAUGGAAGAAAAUCGUGCAAAAGAAUUGAACGUUACCUACAAAUUGUGGGAAAAUCGGUUUUCACAAUUUUCAAAAUUUAACGACGGUAUCAUAGCAGACCCAGUGACUCUUUACUCCGGGCCUCCAGAAGUUUUGGCAAAACUUAUGGCUUCCCGGUGUAAGUCACUGGGUACUGUCAUAGACCCGUUUUGCGGUUCCGGUGCGAUCGCGAUCCAACUGGCCAUGGUUUGUCGCAAAGUCAUUGCGAUGGACAGUGACCCGGUCAAAAUCGCGUUCGCCCGAAACAACGCUUGUAUCUAUGGGGUCGAGGACCGAAUCAUUUUCCUAGUGGGUGACUUCUUUGAAAAUGCACACUCGCUGCAGAAGGCAGACGGCAUCGUCACGUCACCACCAGCCAACAUGACGAAAGAUAAAAUGCAGAAGUUAACCGAUUUGGCAAGUAGGGUGGCGCCAAAAGUUUUAUUAAAGUUAAUGAAGGACCAAGAAGUGGCAGAUCUGUACCAAUUAGAAAAUAUUAAAUAUUAUAUUAAUACGGAGAAGAUAUGUAUCGACAGGGAGCCGAAUUCUAUUUUGGCUUUUCUUGGUCCCGGAAUUAAUACAAAUAACAGAAACGUAGAGAGAACACAGAAGAAAGUGCUCGUGUUUUCCGACGGUGUAUCAGUUAAUCGUCGUGUGCAUUGGAUAAGAGGUAAUAAUCUUUUUGCAUACGACGAUUAUCUCAAAAACGUCGAAGAAUUCGUGAAGAACAAUAGUCUCAACUGA